UGCAAACUGUGAUGUCGACAAGAUAGCAGCCAGCAGCGAAGCCGAUCGUCCCAUUCCCACACCGAGGGGGGAAAACGCGAACCUAGGAGCCAACGCCGUGCGUACUGCGUGUGUGUCUGUGCGAAUCAGUGUUUACGUGGGAAAGCUGUGCUUGCAUCGUGCCAUUUGUGCCUGCACGACCUCGGUAUACCGCCAUCACCUUACCCGCGACUCUCAAUCCCGGGUCCUGUCGAUUAAGGAAAAACAAAAAUCCCGUCCCGUCGUGAUCGUCGCGUCGUGUACACGGUGCUACACCUAGUGCUAGUGCUCUUCGCUAGUGUGUUGUGUUCAGUGUAGUGUGCUGUAGGAGCCAACAACACCCAGAACCACCAACAAGACCGUGUUGUCGUCCUUCUUCGUACAAGCACUUCGCUUCGUUCCUUUCAUCGUACUUCCGUCGUCACUCAUUCCGUCAAAGCCUCGCAUUCCAGGUUGACUAGCGGCUUAACGCAGAUCAAACCAAUACGCAUCAACUACCAGUGUGUCCAGACCAGUGCAGGAGCAUCAACGCAAAAGAACCGUUACAACCGCGAAACGCAAACCGAACACGUUCGCACACAACAGAACAUUCGCACAUCUACAAUGAUCAACGGGCGUACCUAGAACUAUGCUGCGAGUGUCCUCCGUUAAUUUGUCUUGACCAACCAGAAAAAACUCCGAGCCUAGUGUGUGUACGGGUGUGUUUUUUGUGGCAGUAGAAGAAUUUGAAUGAGUGCUACCGAACGGUGCUGCUGGGUUGAUUUUGUCUUCAUUUUCAACAAAAACUGCUCGAAAAUAGUAAACUCCGGACGAGAAAUCAUCUCGUCCAUUGUCGUCGUCGGCGAUCGUUGUUUGUCGUCUGGUGCAGCGCUCAUCUCUGUUCAUCCCACACCGAACGCACUGCUGCGAAGAUGCGAUCCAUUUUCGUCGGGCUGAACGCGAUCCUGCUCGUGGCCGUCGUAGUGUUGCUGCUGCUCGACCAAAGCCACGCCACGUCGACACCGAAAGGUGACGCGCUGAUCAGCCAACUCACACGCUCGCGCUACUGUGGCCGCCGGUUAACCGAAACGCUGGCCUUCCUCUGCCAGGGCCGGUAUCCCAUGCUGACGCACUAUCGUACGGGAUCGCACGCCGACUACUACCACGAUCAGCAGCAACAGCAGGACCAGCAGGUGAAGGUCGAGGUGGCAACACUGCCGGACAGUUUGCCACACGGCUUCCCGUACCCGGGAACCGGAGGGCACCGUCGUAACCGUCGCAGUUCCGGCGGCAUCUACGACGAGUGUUGCAAGAAGAGCUGCUCGUACGUCGAGCUGCGCGCCUACUGUGAUUAAGCCCCGGGAUCUAGAAGCAAGGAUCAGGACCGCGAUGACCGCGAUGACCGCGAGCCCGCGAUGUCGAUUCGGGGCAGGCGGCACUUUCCGGCGAGGCGAGCGCGAAAAUGGACAGAAACUUGCGCUGGCCAGCAAACACAAAGAGCCAGCACUCCGGCUUCCAGGACCGAAGUCGUAUCGUUCUCUUCUUCAGCGUCUGCCGCCCGCUUCACCAGUCCAUUGCUUGCGUAUUAUUAUCCUUUUAGCGUUCUUUAUUAUCCACGGUAGUUCCCGUUAUAAUAUGUACAAGUACUAUACUACUCCUUAGUUUCCUUUCGUGUCUUUGUCCCUCUCCCCCGGGAAAGGGGUUUUGUUCAUGCAGUUAGCGUUCCGUUCAAGGUUCCGGACACAACAAGUUCGCCCUGGCGUGAUUGGGUGACCGCUUGGGCAUCUCAAGCGUCCCCAAAACAAAAACCGGAAGAUUUUCUGCCGGCGUUUUCGGAUAAUCAACUAACUUUUCAUCUACAUUUUGCCACCUCUACAGCUCUUAGGGGGGGUGCUCUCAAUUAGGUUCCCGACUGCAACGAACGAACGAAAAAAAAAACACCACAUACAUAGCGCCCUCCUAACUAUAAUAUAGCAUUUCUGUGGUACGAACGUCAGCGGAGGUGAAGCGGCCAAACCAGCCAAACACAGCCAAGUGGAAGUGGUCGCGGUCGGCUGGAUGUGUGGCUCCGCGAGCGUCUCGAAAGAAUCUAGCCUGUAACGUGCGUGUCAAAGGGGGCGAGGACAUGAACUACUGAUGUAACUUACUAGUAAGCAAAUCCGUGCUGUGGGCCGCGACCGGAGACUUCUCGCCUUCUGCGCCGAGUCGCGUCCCCCUCUAUUGACCGGGGGGGGCCUCUUGCGUCUCUUGCAAUGCUCUCCUCCGAUAUGCUUAUUUAUUGCGAUGAUUUGCGCAAACCAUGCCAUCGCGCGCUCCUUACUUGAUACUUGAUGAUUUUUGAUGAUGCCAUAGGGAAGAGAUACAAAGAAAGAGCCGAUGACGUUGAUUCCAGGUCUAAAGCAGGAGCAGCGACGUUUAAAUCGAUGAAAAAGAAAAAGAAAACAGGGGUGGAGGAUAGACAGCCAUUGAUACAGCCAUACAGCAACAGGGCGCAAUCCCGGACAAGCUGGAAUAUGAUGUAGAAGAGGAAAGACAGAAAAAGGGUUGCAACAAGUUCAGGACAGGAACAGCCGCGGAAAACGCAGAACGAUAUGCCACCACCUACCCCUCUCUUCCAUCCCCUCCCCACAACUGAAUGUGAUCGCAUUUGCCUUCGGGCCUUCUUCGUGUGCCACUAGUGUAAGCCACAUAGAAGUAAAUUUAAUUAAAGUGACUUUCAAUCAAUCAUACAACAGUCAAACGACGGGCUCUGGUGUACCAUUUCAUUCGUUCCGA